GAAGUUCGUGUCAGGUAUGCACCAAGCCCCACCGGUUUGCCUCAUAUCGGAAACAUUCGCACUGCCCUCUUCAACUGGCUGUUUGCCAGGCACCACGGGGGAAAGUUCAUUGUUCGUAUUGAGGACACAGACCAAGAGAGGCUCGUGCCGGGUGCAGUUGACGGUAUACUGGACGGUCUGGAAUGGCUGGAUAUCGACUGGGAUGAAGGGCCCCGGGUAGGAGGGGAUUUUGGUUCCUACUUCCAGUCCGAACGACUUCACCUGUACCACGCCGAGGCCGAGAGGCUGAUACUGCAGGGAGACGCAUAUCGAUGCUAUUGCACCCGAGAGCGUUUGGCUGCUGUGAGGACGGAGCAAGAACGGAACAAGCAGGCCUUGGGCUAUGACGGCCACUGCCGCCACCUCAGCGACGGCGAAAAGAGCUCCUACGAGAGCGAAAAUGCCCCUUCAGUAGUUCGUUUUGCCAUGCCGGACACCGGCGUUACCCGCUUGAACGACCUGAUUCGAGAUGAGGUGGAGUGGCAAAACGAGCUGGUAGAUGACUUCAUACUGCUGAAGUCGGACGGCUUUCCCACUUAUCACCUGGCAGUCGUGACCGAUGACCACCGCAUGCAGAUCAGCCAUGUUCUGCGUGCCGAGGAAUGGCUGUCCAGCGCUCCCAGGCAUUUGCAAUUGUAUCGAGCUCUUGGCUAUACACCGCCGGAACACGGGCACCUGCCAAUGAUAUUGGGUCCAGACCGGGCAAAGCUUUCCAAGCGACACGGCGCGACGUCCAUACUUGAGUACCGUGACGACGGGUUUCUUCCAGAUGCCCUGCGAAAUUUCAUGGUCCUGCUGGGCUGGUCGCUGGAUGACAAGACGGAAAUAAUGCGUGCCCAGACAGUAGUCGACAAUUUCACUCUUAACCGGGUGGGCAAACCGGCGGCGAUCUUCGACCGGGAAAAGCUGUCGUGGAUGAACGGCAUAUAUGUUCGGGAAAUGGCACCCCAAGACUUGGCUGAUGCAAUGAUCCCCUUCCUUGAAAAGGGAUUGGCCCCCGAUCUUUUGCCUGUGGACGACAAAUAUCUGCUGCGAAUAGUUCCGCUAAUUCAGGAAAGGCUAAAAUUGCUUUCAGACGCACCUGACAUGGUCGCCUAUUUCCUCGAGGAACAGCCCGUGUACGAUCCCUCUAAUCUGGUGCAGCGAGGAAUGUCCGAAGGAGAGGCUGUGAAGGCACUGGACCGGUCUCUCUUAGCGCUGGCGGACGCCGAAUUCAGCACCAGUGCUCUGGAGGAGCGGUUGCGGGCCCUGGGUGAGGAACUGGAGUUGACUCCACGACGGUUCUUUGGGACUCUUCGCUGGGCCGUUACAGGGCGCAAUGUAUCUCCCCCGUUGUUUGAAACGAUGGAAGUGCUGGGCCGGGACAGAGUAUUGUCACGACUGGCAUGGGCCAAGGCCCAGUUGAACGACUGA